AUGGAUGAAGCAAGACCAGGAAGAAGAGGGGCCGGUCGAAGAAGGAUUGAGAUUAAGCGAAUACCGAACCAAAAGAAACGAUGGGUGGCUUUUUCGAAGCGGAAAAAGGGUUUACUAAGCAAAGCUGCUCGAUUGUCAUCGAUCACUGGGGAAGACAUUGGAGUUGUCAUUAUUUCAGAGCAAGGUAGGUUUUAUACUUCCGAUAACGCCGAUGCAGUUAUUGAUCGUUAUCUGUCGAUAGAAGCUGGUAAAGAUAAUAAUGUUGAUGGUCGUAAAGAUGAUGCCGGUACUUCUAAUCAAGGAAUUGUUGAAGAUGAUAAUACCUAUGAUGGUGAUGGUCUUGAUGAUGGUGUUACUCUUCGUCUUUUUCCUCAGGAAAUUGGUCAAGAUGAUGAUCAUAAUGAUGAUGGGAGAUUUGGGAAUGGAAGAGUGAUGGAUAAGCAAGGGUUGAACUUGAACCAGUGGGAUAAUGUUUGGAAGAUCAAUGAUGGGGAGAUAAAGGGUGAGAAUUGUUUCAUGGAUCUAAAUAAAUCUCCUCACCAUGAUGAUGAUGACGGUGGUGCUGAUGAUGAUACGAUGAUCCAUUUUCUUUGA